ACUGAUCGAAUCGGUUCAUACUUCUUAGACUCCUGAAAUUCCUAAAAAAGAGAAAAAAAACCCCCCGAAUUUGAGGAAAAAAGAGAUUUGCACGAACUUACCGGAAUCGUGUUGAAUCGUAUCUAGGGUUACACCGUAAUCACAGUCUUGUAGGAGCCAGAGGAUAUAUAUGUAGUGGUUGAAACAUUCGUGGUAUACCAUAUUCGUAUUUGGGGUUUGGCAGAGACCAGAGGAGGAGGAACGAGGGGAAAAUGGUGAAAUUCUCGUUGGGUAGAGAAGAUGACGGAGAAGGGCCUAGCAAUAAUGGCUCUUCGAAGAGACCGCGAACAUCCUUUUUAUGGGGUUCUCCCACUCCGAGUUACAUCGAAGUGCCUGAAGCUGAAGAAGAAGGAGGAGAGGAAGGAGAAGAAGGAGAAGAAACAAGAGAGCAACAAGAACAACAUCGCGAAUCAAGCGAUCCAGGAGACAGAUUUUUGCUCCCGAAUUUUGGCAGCGAUUAUCACGAGGAGGAAGGAGAGGAAUUUGAAGAAGAGGAAUACGGAGAGGUAGAUUCUGCCGAUCAACCACUACCUUCACGUCAACUUGUCCAAAACUUUGGCCUCAGAAGAGAUAUUAGAGAUGGGCCAAUUGCUAUCACCUUGAUGGAUCCUGAAGUUUUAGAUUGCGGCAUUUGUUGUGAGCCCUUGACCGCCCCAAUCUUUCAGUGUGAAAAUGGUCAUAUAGCUUGCUCUCCUUGCUGCGAUCAAAUGAUGAAUACAUGUGCAUUCUGUUCUUUGCCCAUUGGCUAUAACCGCUGCAGGGCCCUGGAGAAUGUUCUUGCAUCUAUUAGACUACCGUGCAAAAACAAGGAAUACGGGUGUGAAAAAGCAGUGCCGUAUGGCAAAAGCCAUCUGCACGAGAAGGAUUGCAUGUUUUCACCAUGUUCAUGCCCCUAUUUUAACUCCCAUCCUGACUGCAUUUUCAUUGGCUCAUUGAACCAAUUGGAGGAACACUUCCAAAAAAAACACAAGUUUGCCGUGGCAAGUUUCUCAUUUGGUAAGCAGUUUCUUGUUAACAUAAGACAAGAGUGGCCGUUGCUCAUCCUUGAGGAGGAUAGCGGUGGCCUUCUAUUUACCAUUGAGAACACAACUGAGCGGAUUGGUAAUAUGAUCACUGUUAGUUGCAUUUUACCUAUAAUCCCGGCAGCAGAGGAGUUUGUGUACGAUCUCAAAGCAGAGGGUGCCGGAAGCACUCUAAACUUUCAUUCAUCUGCAAGCAUUAUUCACAAAUGGGACGGUAAUGAAGCCGGAGAGAAAUUCAUUCUGAUACCCAGUGCCUUCUUUGGUGUCACCGGGGAGGUUGAUUUACAUCUCUGCAUAAGGCGUAAAAAUAUCCAUCAUGGAAAUCCUUUCAUUAACAUCCCGUGAUCUCCCCAGGUGAUGAGUGAAAUAGCAUUUGUUUUUUUCCAUUGCCAUUGUUAAAGAUGGGUUCUAUCUGCAUGUUACAGUGUAAAACACAGCUAGGUUAAUUGACUAAGUUGGCAGUAGAGUAAAUAUAUUCUUCCAUCUAUCUUUAUAUUA